AUAUUUAUUAUCCAAAGUGAAGACUCCAAUUUGUGCAUUAAUGUGGACACAGUUGGCCUUGUUCUGGAGGACUGCAGUCAGCUCUCAAAGGACAUGUUAUGGAAGUGGGUAUCCAAUCGCCGUCUUUUCAACGUCGGCAGAAGUACCUGCCUGGGGCUGAACAUCAAUAGACCUGAGCAGCCAUUGAGUAUGCUUGAAUGUGAUUCAACUCAGUACUCCUUAUGGUGGAAUUGUGAUGGAAAAGCACUAGUUGGUGUAUCAGAAUACAAAUUAGCUGUUGAAAACAGCAAACGUAUUGUGGCCAAAAAAAAAUCUACUGAUCAGUGGAAACAGUACAUGUCCUAUGAUGAAGACCUUUGUGAACACCCGUUUCAAGAAACAUACACCUUGCUGGGGAAUUCUUUUGGCUUCCCGUGCAUUUUUCCAUUUAAAUAUAACAACAAGUGGUAUUACGAGUGUACCAGAGAUGGAAAGGAAUUUGACUGGUGUGCUACAACAACUCACUAUGAAGAAGAUGAAAAAUGGGGGUUUUGCCCAACUGCUGAAAGCGGCUGUGACUUUUUUUGGAAGAAGAACCCUGACACGCACCUUUGCUACCAGUUCAACCUUGGCUCCGCACUGACCUGGCAUGAGGCACGGGCUGCCUGUCAGCUGCAGGGAGGAGACCUGCUCAGCAUCACCCAUCCUGAGGAGCAGAACUACCUAAGUAACUUAAGCAGGCAGUUAAACACCACAGAUAUGAUGAUGUGGAUGGGGCUGAAUCGACUGGAGGAAGGUGCCGGCUGGCAGUGGUCAGAUGGAGAACCGCUGGUGUUUGUGAACUGGAGUCCAAAUGUCUCUGAUUACCAUUUUAAAGAAAAGCAUUGUGCAGUGAUUGAUUCUAAGUUGAAGUAUGGCUGGAAAAGUUAUUUGUGUGAAUCUGGAUUGCCUUUCAUAUGCAAAAAAAAUUUAAAUAAGACAGAGCAUGAAACAUUGGACACAUGGAAGUAUUACAGCACUCGUUGUGACACUGGCUGGUACCCACACAACCGCAACUGCUACAGGCUCCAUCAGGAGGAGAAGAGCUGGAACGAUGCUUUUCUCUCAUGCCAAAGUGACAGCAGUGGUCUCAUUAGUAUAUCCUCUAUAGCAGAUGCAGAGCUGCUUCUUAACCUGUUUGAAAGUGAAAAUGUAACUGAAACAUGGAUUGGGUUAUACAGUAAUGACACCUCAGUUGUUUUUGAGUGGGCUGAUGGCACCCCAGUAAAAUUCUCUAACUGGCACAGCAAAGAACCUGACACCUUUCAAAGAACAGGACAACUCUGUGUUUCAGCACAAGGACCUGAAGGACGUUGGAAGGUUAAAAAAUGUGAAGACAGAUCUUUCUACAUUUGUAAAAAAGCAGGGGAAUUUAAUCAUGUCUCUCAUGAGCAGGAAUCAGGUUGUGCAGAGGGAUGGGAAAGACAUGGUGGAUAUUGUUACAAAAUCGACAGUACCCCUCGAAGUUUUGAACAUGCUUCCAGUGGUUAUUUCUGCCCAUCUGCACUUGUAUCAGUAACAAACAGGUUUGAACAAGCAUUUAUCAACAGCAUGAUCCACAGCAUGGUGAAAUCUGAGAAAACAUAUUUUUGGAUAGGUCUGCAAGACCUUAAUAACACAGGAGAAUACUUUUGGCUAAGUACAGCAGGAAAGAAUCACUCUGUGAGCUACACAAACUGGAACAAGUACCAACCACGUCAUUCUGGAGGCUGUGUGGCUAUGCGAGGGCAGCACCCCGUUGGUUACUGGGAGGUGAAAAGCUGUAAGAACUUCCAAGCGAUGUCAUUGUGCAAGCUAAAAAUCAGUUCUUAUGAAGAACCUGAACUUACUUUUCAAAAACAUUUGAGUUCUUGCUAUUUUGGAUGGGAGUCAGAAGCCAAUCUGUUCUACUGCUACAAGAUAUUUCACAAUGAGAAAGUUCUGAUGAGAAGAACAUGGGAUGAAGCAGAAGCAUUAUGCCAGGAUUUUGGAGCACACCUUGUUAGUUUUAGCCAUAUCUAUGAAGAGACAUUUUUAAACAAUUUACUACAUACAAUUUUUGAUAGAACAGAAGAAAGACAGUUCUGGAUUGGAUUUUAUAAAAGAAACCAGCUUUCUGGAGGGACGUGGCAGUGGUCUGACAAAACACCUGUUGUAUCUUCAUUUUUGGAGAGCAAGUAUGUUGCUCAAGAUGACUCCAGAAACUGUGGUGUGUUCAAAGUAAAUAGAACAGUCUUCCCAGCACACUGCAAUGAGAAGCGUGAAUGGAUAUGCAAAAUACCAAAAGGUGUUAAACCAAAGAAUCCAGAUUGGUACAUCGGGGAACUUCCGUGGUUAUAUUAUCAAGGAGCAGAAUAUCUUUUCCAUGUCAGUCCUACGAACUGGGAAACGUAUGAGUUUGUCUGUGGCUGGCUUCGCAGUGGAAUGGCAACAAUAAAUUCUUCUGGUGAACAAGCCUUUAUUCAAAAUAAAAUUAAGAAGCUGUCGACUAAUGAUGUUCACUGGUGGAUUGGAUUGUACACAGAAGACCUUGGCGAUGAAUUUCGCUGGAGAGAUAAAUCAUCAGUAACAUACCAGAACUGGAAUGAAGGAAAGGAAAGAAAUCCCCGGAAACCAGGGAAAAGAUGUGGCUUCAUUUCAUCAGAAACAGGACUCUGGGGUGAUGAAAACUGUACUGUCUCUCUUCCCUGUAUUUGUAAACGUAAAUUUGCAUGGAAAAUAGAGAAGGAGAUUCCAAAAGACCAGAACCAACGAGGCAUAUGUCCCAAAGGCUGGUUGCACUUUGGAUUAAAAUGUUUUUUGAUACAAAUUCCAAAGGAUCCGGAGCAUCUGAGAAACUGGUACUCUGCACAAGAAUUCUGCAAUAGCUAUGGUGGGUCACUUGCUUCCCUUCAAGAUGAGCUGGAACAAGCUUUCAUAACAAUGAAUCUGUUUGGUUGGAAAACUAGUGUUUGGAUAGGUUUCCAGAGUGAUGAUUAUGAAAAAUGGCUCAGUGAAAGUCCUCCAGUGUAUUCCAACUGGUCUCCAGUUGAAGCAGUGGAUAGACAGCGUUAUAACAGUAAAAACAUUCAAGAACAACUUCCACUAUGUACAUUGGUAUCAAAUAACCCUAAUUUUUAUUUUACGGGAAAAUGGUACUUAGAAAACUGUCAGAAAAAUUAUGGGUUUGUCUGCCAAAAGACUCAGGAUAUAUCCAGACAUAUCAUCAAUGCAUCUGAAAUACACCCUGUUCCAGAUACUUUAGAAUACGGAAACAGAACAUAUAAACUAAUACGUGGGAAUUUUACAUGGUCCUCAGCUUUAAAAACCUGCAUGGAAAAUGGGAUGGAGUUGGUCAGCAUCACAGACCAGUAUCACCAGGCUUUCCUGACAGUCAUUGUCAAUCGGCUGGGAUACAGCCACUGGAUCGGACUGUUCACUUCAGAUAACGGGCUUAAUUUUGAAUGGUCGGAUGGGAGUAGGUCUUUGUUUACUUUCUGGGAAGAUGACGAGUCACAGGCUUUUGGCAGCUGUGUUUACAUUGAUACUUCAGGGCACUGGAGAAGUGCUAACUGUGAACGACUUCUGGAAGGAGCAGUUUGCCAUGUGCCACCUAAAAAAAAGCUCACUUCCUACAAAGGCUUAUGUUCAGAAAAAACUGUUCCCUGGAUCAAAUUCAAAAACAAUUGCUACAGCUUUUCCACAGUUCUGCAGGGCACAAGUUUUGAUACUGCAUAUGAAGUGUGCAAAAAUCAAGGAUCAAAUCUCCUAACUAUUCAAGAUGAAGAUGAAAAUGCUUUCGUUAUGGAAGAAUUGCACAGUUUUGGUUAUGCUGUACAAAUGGUUUGGUUGAACAUUCUGCUUGUUAAAGACAAUGAGACGAUCUCCUGGUCUGAUGGCUCUCCCUUGAGUUAUUCUAACUGGGGUAUCAGGGAGCCUGAGUUUGAUAAUCUCAAAGGGAAUUUCUGUGUCAGCCUGAGGACCACAGAUGGUGUCUGGCAAUUAUCUCCAUGCAGAGACAAAAAGGGAUUUGUAUGUAAAAUGGAGGCAGAUAUCAAUGCAACAGAACCUUCUGAGGAAUCGUCGUACCAUGGGCUUGCAGCUCUGGCUGUUCUCGUGACAUUAGUGAUGCUGGCUGCCAUUUCAGUUUUUCUGUGGUGCCUGUACAAACAGAAUAACCAGCUCUUCAGCAGAAUACUGUGGUUCAGAAACUCCUAUUUGCCACAGAUCAAUGCUGACGUUCCUCCUUUGGAAGAAAGCAUCCUUAUUUCAGAUUUUGAGAGAAGUGAAAAUUAA